AUGAUUUUAUCAAGGGUCUACAAUACAUCUCAGUAUCUUCACGGUAUGGCUGACCCGCCCUCCGCCAAUGCUAGUGCUGCAUCCAUUGCUGGCCUUGCGGACGUCAGCUGUCGUCUCGCAGGCUUGGUCUAUAACUCUUCUCAGGCGUUCAAGGAGGCACCCCGGAGCAUCAAGAGUCUUUCGGAGGAACUCGAACAGCUUCACAGUCUACUCCAGGAAAAAGAAUCAAGUACACUGAAAGAUGCUGCAAAACGUAUUAAGCGCGUUAUGGAACUGCAAGAAAUCGAUACACACUGUCAGGCUGUCGAUGGAAUGGGGCAGCGCAUUGUUGUCGCAAUCUCAGUAGUCGGACGCAGGGAGGAACAGAGGGUCUUACAAACCCAAGUAACAGGCGCACGGGACGUUCUCCAAGCCUCCCUCACGGAGAUCAGGGGCCUGGUCUCUACCGAGCUGAGUAUCGUUCGAAAUGGCAUCGAGCAAUUUGCUUCCAAGGUGACUCUGGGCCAAGAUGAGAUACAAACGAGCUCGCGCUCCGGCGGACUGAGAACAAUACGAAACGAGGUCCAGGUCGUCAGUCUCCUCACACGCAGAGCUCAGCGGCAGAGCAGUCAGCACCAACGUAGAUUUAAUCAGGGCAUCAAUCAGUUGGAAUCGACGCUGUCACAACUUUCAUCAUUACCGAUGGAGCCCCAUAUUAACCAUUCGGAGUCCGCCUUGGCACAGCAUCCCCGCCUUGACUCGCUAACGCUCUCGUUGGUGCUAAUGAGGUCAAGCCUUUGUUCUGCGGUUUCCCAGCUCCAUUCAGCGGUUCCUGCGAAAGGUUCCGAAGAAGCAGUGAAGUUCUUGCUAGACGAGUUUGGACGAUGGGUCGCUUUUGGCCAUGACGCUUUGGCAUUUCGCAAUCGUCAAAGCCUCGAAAAUUCCGACGGCGACAAUGGACGACUGCCAGGGUUGAAAACUCGUACCUCGGCAUUGCGCAAUUACUCUCUCGACGAUGAUAUCUUCUUGACCGACAAUGUGACUCCAAAGAAGCAUUGGCGGACAUUAUCUCACUUCAAUUGCUCAAUAAUCGAUAGCGAUAGCGAUAGUGAGUCUUGUUGCCUUGGAAUCUUUGAAGAAGAGGAGACAGACGACGAAGAAGUGGUCAUGAUUGAAGACGGCGAGACGGUCUCCAAGGAAGAAAAUCAUUACAUGAAGACUGCUCUCCAAUCCAAGACCUCAGGGGCUACUGAGUCACAACCUAUUCUCGAAACGGAUGUUCCACCAGCAAGCCUUGGGCUUCACGAUAACGACGUCAUUGCCCUAGGUCAGCACCAUAUUUGGAUGUGA